AUGAGCGGAGCAGAGGAGGUGGUGUGUGAAGGCUGGCUGAGAAAAUCACCGCCAGAGAAGAAACUGCGGCGUUACGCGUGGAAGAGGCGCUGGUUCGUGCUGCGAAGCGGUCGGUUGAGCGGUGAACCGGAUGUUCUGCAGUACUACAAGAACCAGCAGUCCCGCCGGCCAAUCAGGACCAUCAACCUGAACCUGUGUGAGCAGGUGGAUGCCGGCCUGUCGUUCACAAAGAAGGAGCUGGAGAGCAGCUUCGUGUUCGACCUGAAGACGGAGGAGAGGACCUGGUAUCUGGUGGCCGAGUCCGAGGAGGACAUGAACCGCUGGGUUUCCUCCAUCUGCCUCCUCUGUGGCUUCAACCCGACCGAUGACGUCCCACAGCCUUCAGUCUCCGGCUCGUCCUCCAUCACAGCGAUGACCCAGACGAGUGGUACUGCUGCUGUCACCACGGUAACAGGGUCAGUCCCGUCUCUGUGCGAUCCAGCGCGAAUCCAGGAGCAUGGCGGCAACGUGGAAGAGGAUUACCUGUGGUUAUCACACUGCCAGAGUCACAUCAGGCCUCCUCUUGGCUCCUCCACGUCUCUUGAAACUGACUACAACGACAACCUCUACCCUCCUCCCUCGGCCACCUCCUCCUCCUCCUCCUCUUCCUCCUCUCCUUCCCUCCACCCAAAUGGCCUCUCACUCCCAUCCUCCUCCGGCUAUAGGACGGUGUCUUGGUCGGUUUCCGCCAUGUCCGGCUUUUUCAACCAGUCUUUGGACGCCAGCACGACCUCUGAGCUCCAGAAACGAGCCGGCAGACCUCGGUGUCACCCGUCUCCUCACCCCAGGAAGCACUCGCUGGACUUCCACCUGCGACCCGUGGCGAUCCCACUCAGCGAUGAUACUCACUCUGUUGUUCAUCCACAUGCGCAUUCAUACACUAACAGUGGGUACCAGAUCCCCCGUCCGGCGUCGACCCCGCAACCACGACCCCCUCGCCGCCCGUCUUCCACCCCGAGCGUGGACUCCCUCACUCAGGCGGAGCAGCACGCCUUCACCCCGACUCCUCCUCCACGUCCACCGAAACCUCCAAGCGUCGCGGCCCAGGGAGAGAGCUCAGGUGUGGGCACGCUGCCCCGAUCCACCUCAGAGCCGGAGAGGAGGGACGGAUGGGUGGAGGGAGGAGGAGGAGGAGGAGGAGGAGGAGGUCUGCCAAGGAGUAACACCAUCACUACACCUGGACGCACACAGACAGGCUGUGAUUCCUUCUACAUCCCUCGCUCUCUGUCGGACAGAGCGAGCAUGUUCGAGUUCAGCGACAGCUUCAACAGCUACUUCUUCAAUAAAGGAAUGGUCCCUCUGGGUAGCGUUUGCUCUGAAGAUGAUGACGUGGAUGAAAACUAUGUUCCCAUGAGCGCCGCCACCACCGAGCCUCCUGUCGCGCCCAGAGUGCCUCCAUCUCCCUCCUCCGACGCCUCCGUCCAGCACCAGGAUGGUAACUACGUCCCCAUGACCCCUCUCACCCCUUCCCUCCCCCUUCAUCCCGCCCCUGCCACGGGUGAUCUGGCGUCGCUGGGGAGGCAGGUGCCCCCACCGGCCCACAUGGGUUUCCGUAACUCCCCCCUGACUCCCGUCGCUCCCCUCACCCCGCCGCUCCGGAGGAACACCAUGAACACUGCUGGUGGGGUCCAGGUCAAAGCCUUGCCGCCUCCGAUCCACCGCAACCUGAAGCCACAGCGCAGAGGAGUUUUCGUCAGUCAGCCUGCAGAGAAAACAGACGUCCAGACCGCCGGAGAGCCGACACGCAAAACAAGAGUGAAACCAGCUCCCCUGGACAUCACUCCAGUGCAGCAGGACUGGCAGGAAGUCCCGCCCCCUGUCCGCUCGCCUGUCACUCGAACCUUCACACGAGAUCCAUCCAGGUGUCGGUCUUUCAGGCCGACUUCCGCUCACAGCUCGUCUCCUUCGUCUGAUUCUGAUGACCCUGAAGAAAACUACGUCCACAUGACGACCUCCAACCUCAGCUUCAGCGCCGGGGAGCCGUCUCUGAGGCUCAUGAUGCACCGGGCGUCAGAGGGCGGAGUCAGCAGCCCGUUGCUACAGCGAGCCAGAGGCAACAAACAGGUGGAGUACCUGGACCUGGACCUGCAUACUGGGCGAUCGACACUGACAAGACAGAACCGCAGCACGACAGAAGGUGGAAGCGGCGGCGCUGAGCAGGUCGGAGCAGGCGAGGAGCGCCCACGAGUCGGGCGAGCGCGCGUGGACUACGUGGUGGUGGACCCCGAGAGGACCAAGGCCCUCAGGAACACCAGAGAAGCAUGGCAUGAUGGGAGGAUGUCCACGGAGAAGGAGAAAUGCUAGAGAUGCACAAACACACACACACAGAUGUACUGAAGAAGCACUGAGAGACACAGUUAAGAGUUUUAAAUUAAAUUCUGCCCAAGAACUUCUACGGUCCUGUUCACACCUGGUAAUGACAUCAGUCCUGAGAUCCAAUCAAACAGACAAACAUGUCCUGGACCACGUGGAAGGACCGCCCACUCAACUGACUGAAGAAGAAGAAGAAGAAGAAGAAGAAGAAGAAUAUGGUUGACUGUAAUGUAAACGACAUGUUUUUCCUUCUUAACAUGCCGAUUUCUGUUUUCUCUUUCAACCAAUCCAAACGUGAUAUCACCAGACUCCCUUGAUAAAUCUUGUAAUUCUAAGAGUUGUUGAGCAGUAAGAAAAUUUGAAAUCACACUGUGAGACAAAUACAACAAAUUCUAAAUCACUAGUGCUUUGAUAUAAAUUCGGCAUUAAAAUUCAAAAGAUGAAGUUGUUUCUUUCAUUAUAAAUUAGUGAUGGUUUUGUGGCAGCCUCGCUGUACCAGCCUGUCUGGCUCUGCGUUUCGUGCAUUCCAACAUUCAGCAGCUGUUUCAACUGAUUUUCACCAAAUGUAUGAAAUGACACAAAAUGUAUUGACCAUAAACAUGUCCAAUUUUACAAACACAGUAAACUGUCACCAAUAUACGCUACCUGUGUGUAGCCUGUGGAGAAAGUCCCCAGACUCCCUUUGAAAUACACGUCAUUUUGUGAGUUGCUGAGUCAGAGAAACUCUAUAAACUUUGUGAAACCAUUUUGCUGAAUAAUUCUUCAUUACUUGGGCCUUCUUGUCAAUUCGGCAAUUCUUUCUUGCUUCCUGUUGGUGUAUUUUCAUGAGGGAAGUGAGAGUCAUCACAAGUGGUCAUUUGACACACAUGUUAACAUCAGGUCUGAGGAAAAUGCUCACACUCGGCUGACUUAUUGUCUAAAGUGUGUCGAGGUCAUUCACAAGAAAAUGCUGGUCAGUGUGAUUGGAGGGUGAAACAUUUAAAGGACGGAUCAACAUUAGUAUUUUAUUAGGGCAACACAUCAAUCCAGCUUCAUAUAGCCAAGGAAACUAAGGUUCUCUGACUCCACCUACAUGCCUCUAACAAACGUUGUAGAGACCAAAAAUUAGGUGACAGGUUUGACAAAAGUUACUAAACGUUGCCGUCAAUCCAGGUAAAUCAACCAGCAUCACACCACGUUUCAGUUAGAGCUACAAUGUGUUUACUGCUGAAUAAGUGAAAAUCUGAUGACCAGCAAAUCAGAAUAAUUUUCUUUUGUAAUCAAUCCCAGGAGUUUGUCUGCAGUGAAUGAUUGUGUCAAAAUCUGUCCACACAGUGGAUGAAGCUGUUACUGUCGGAUCAUUUCAUUGAUUGUUAAAUUGAGAGUUAAAUGUGAUUUUAGUAACGACUGUUCAACUGAGAAUAAAUAAAUAAACACCACUCGUCACUC